AUGAAGACACACGAUGGUGUGCGAAUACUUUUGAUCGAUUUUUCAUCGUUUCGUGCUGAUGAAAAAUUUCAAAAUAUUUCUAACAAUCAUCGGGACCAAUAUAAAUCGUUGGAAUCAUUGUUGAAACAACGGUUUAUGUUACAACAAUUGGGAAAAAAGAAAUGGUUGCAAAAUAGUGAAUUGAAAUAUACCGAUUUCUUUCCGAUUGAAUUUAUGAAUGAUCCACAAUUUGUGUUUAAUCAUCUUAAAAAGUAUGGAUAUGGCUUGUCAUUGGCAUCAUCAAGAUUGACAAGUGAUAGAGAUUUUGUUUUGAAAAUGGUGAUACAAGACGGUUCUCAAUACCUUUCAAUAGCUGAAGAAUUGCAAGAUGAUCUUGAUCUUGCUUUAAAUAUCAUUACACAACAACCUGAAGCAUUGAAUUAUGCACCGUGGAAAAUACGCGACAACAAGGAAUUUGUCAAACAAGCAUUGCAACAGAACGGUUUGGCUUUGUGUUUUGCUCCAGAAGAUUUUAAAAGUGACAAUGAGCUUGUUUUCGCGGCAAUCAAACAAAAUAAGAAAGCCCUAAAAUAUGCUUCGUACACAUUGCUUAGAGAUGAAACGUUUAUGUUGCAAGCACUCAAAUUAGUGCUUCCAGAAUUGAAUACAUUUAGUUAUAACAACCCAGAAGUAAUGAUCAAGGUUACUCAAGAAUAUGGAUUUCUGUUGCAAUUGUGUCCUAGAGAAAUUAGAGAGAGCCGAGAAAUAGUUUUAAAUGCUGUCAGCAACGAUGGAUGGGCUCUAUGGUUCGCCUCCAAUAAAUUGAAGGACGACCAAGAAAUUGCAUGGAAGGCAGUUCGUCAGACGGCCAAAGCAGUUGAACAUUUAUCGGAAAGGUUGAGAGGAGAUGAAGAGAUUAUUUUACAUGUCAUUGAGAAAGAUGGAGGAUUAUUGGAAUAUGCAUCUCGUGAAUUAAGAGGAGACAGAGAUGUUGUAUUGAUUGCUGUUCAUCGUGAUGGCUGUGCUCUUAGACAUGCAUCUGAUGUAUUACAAGGAGAUCGAGAAGUAGUUUUAGCUGCUGUGACUCAAGAUGGAGAAGCUCUUGUCUAUGCAUCAAGUGAGUUGAGGAAUAAUCGUGAAAUAGUGUUGCAAGCUAUUAGACAGAAAGGAAAUGCGCUUCGACAUGCUUCACAAGAACUAAAGCAAGAUAAGGAAACGUUGUUAACAGCAAUCCAAAAUGGAUAUUCUUGUAGAAUUUCAUCAGCUGAGCUGUGCAACGACAAGGCGUUCUUAAUACAAGCUGCCAAACAAGGAUACCGACAAGUACUACAGUGGGCCUCAAAAGCAUUGCUCUCUGACAAGCAAUUUUUAUUGGAAGUUGUGAAACAAAAUGGCAAAACUGUAGAAUAUCUACCACCUGAAUUUUAUGGUGACGAUGAGAUCAUGUUAACUGCAGUGAACAAUGAUGGAUUUGCCCUGUGGCACUCCACUGAGGAACAAUCACAAUCAUUUGCAAUGGAAGCAUUGAAAAGCACUGGCUUUGUUUUUUCAUAUGACGACGAAUUGUUUCACACAAGGAUGAAACAUUGUUAUUAUGGUGCUUACUUGGGACGAUCUAUACGAUAA